GCCGAGAGCGAUGGAGUGGUCUACGUCACGGAUCGUGGCCUCCUGUGCCGGGCUUGGGCGCGCUAUGAGCUGCCGCAGCCGCAGCAAGGCCACAUCACCCUCAGCACGCUCAUGAGCCGCGAGGCCGAGCAGAGGGAGAGAAAGCGACACGCCGCGACGCCCACGCCGUGGCACAUCACGGCACACCGCGGCACUGUGGCUCCGCUGCUCCGCUCCGCGACUCUCCUGGCAGAUCUGAGCCUCGCAGCCUGGACCUCCACGACUCCAGGACUCCAGGACCUGUCUCACAUCGUUAAUGCCCCCGAUCCCGAUCGCUUCCAUCAACCGCAGAAAGG